AUGGACGGCGGCGGCGGCAAGCUCGGCUACGGCGGCCACCACCACCACCACCACGACACCGCCAAGCUGCUCAAGGCCGUCAGCCGCAACGUCGAGCCGCGCAACUUCGGCAUCGGCCUCGUCGCCGGGUUCCUCAUCGUCACCUGCGCCUACUUCUCCACCGCCAAGUUCGACUCCAUCCACAUCGCGCUCGUCAGCCCCGACGCCAGGAACGCGGCCGCCGGGAUUGGCACGCCGGUCAGCGCCUCCCAAGCCUCCAGCCAAAGAUUAGAUUUGCGGUCGCCGGACCUGGAGGACGCCUUGUCCAAGCAGGGGAGCAAGGCGGAGGUGCUGGACCAAGACGACGACACCGGCGGCAAGAUUCUCCCCUCUCCGGAGACAGAUUCGGGUCAAAGUGCGUCGCUGGGGAACACGAGGGAGGGUGACGAGGCCCCUUCCGGCGGCGGCGCCGCUCUUCUCCCUCCAUUGUCGUCCGAGGAACCCAAGAACGGCACGCAAGAACAAGGUGGUCUUGAGGAUGAGGAGCUGCGAGUGAAGGAUGCUAUUGCCCAUUCUACCAAGAAGAGCAGCAAUGGCAGCUCACCGGCCGUGUUUCAGUCCGACCCCGCAACACUCCCAGUUCCUGCCGUCCAGCAGAUUCCUCCGGCUCAGCAGCAGGAGACCGAGGUUCCUCCGGUCCAGCAGAUUCCCCUCAUUCCAGAGCCCAAGCACACAGGUCCGGAGCAGUCGGCGUCGGCGCCUCCGCGGGAGUGGAAGCCGCUGUGCGACCUGUCGUCCAACCGGCGCAUCGACUGGUGCGAGCUCGACGGCGACGUGCGCGUCCACGGGGUGCAUGGCACCGUCACCCUCGUCGGCGCCGCCAAGGCCGAGGAGUGGCGCGUCAAGCCCUACCCGCGCAAGGUCGACUCCAACGCCAUGCGCUUCGUGCGUGAGAUCACCGUCCGCUCCACCACAGACGCCGGCGCCAUCGGCGAACCGGAGUGCGCGGAGCGGCGCGACGUGCCGGCGCUGCUGUUCUCGGACCGCGGUUACGUGGGCAACUACUUCCACGCGUACACGGACGUGAUCCUGCCGCUGUUCCUCACCGCGAAGCAGUACGGCGGGGAGGUGCUGUUCCUGGUGUCCGACUUCCAGAUGUGGUGGCUCGGCAAGUUCAUGCCCGUCUUCAAGUCCCUCUCCAACUACGACCUCGUCGACCUCGCCGCCGACAACCGCACGCGCUGCUUCCGGCACGUGCAGGUCGGCCUCACCUGCCACUCCGACUUCAGCAUCGACCCGCGCCGCGCCCCAAACGGCUACUCCAUGGUCGACUUCACCAAGUUCAUGCGCACAACCUACAAUCUCCCGCGCGACCUCGCCAUUCCCACAUCCAACACCCGCCCCCGGCUGCUCAUCAUCGCGCGCGCACGGACACGGCGCUUCGUGAACGCCGACGAGAUCGUCCGCGCGGCGAAGAAGGUCGGGUUCGAGGUGGUGGUCUCCGAGGGCACCCACGAGAUCGCCCCGUUCGCGGAGGAGGCCAACAGCUGCGACGCCAUGCUGGGCGUGCACGGCGCCGGGCUCACCAACAUGGUCUUCCUGCCCACGCGCGGGGUCGUCAUCCAGGUGGUGCCGCUCGGCGGGCUCGAGUUCGUCGCCGGCUACUUCCGCUCGCCGUCGCGCGACAUGGGGCUAGAGUACUUCGAGUACCGGAUCGCGCGCAACGAGAGCACGCUCGCGGACCAGUACCCGCCCGACCACCCCAUCUUCACCGACCCCGACGGCGUCAAGAGCAAGGGCUGGGACUCGCUCAAGGAGGCAUACCUCGACAAGCAGGACGUCCGCCUCGACAUGCGCCGAUUCCGGCCGCUGCUCAAGAAGGCCAUCGCGCACAUCAGAGCAAACAAGCUCAAGUGAAUCCAUCCAACAUAUACUACCAUUUUUUUUCUUCAGUUUUUAUGAUAUAUAUACAGUAGUAUGUAGCUUCUAUAAGAAAGUGUAUGUAGCAGGUAGCAGAUGAGAUCGACCGAC